CGUGUUAAACGUUGCAUGACGACUCACCUCGCGAGAGGUUAAGAGGAGAACAUCUUUGAGCGUAAUUGCAACGUUAGCGAAAAUGUAUAUUGUCGAUUUUGGUUAAGACCUGAGCUGUCUAGAGUUAAGGUCUAAUGAAUCCUUACUUCUAUCCUCGCACGCAUUCAACACAAGGUAAGUUCUGUAAUUUGUUAUUGCACUUUGCGUUCUUUUUCGGAAACUUUGUUUACUUUUACAUUGCAGACCUUAGUAUUCCACCGUCACUACUUUUAACGUCAGAUCACAGUACUGAAACUGAAAAAUAAAUGUAAAUUAAUUUAAAGCAUUUAAUUCAGUCAUUGCUCUAAGAUGAAACAACAACUUUCAGUUUUGAUUCGCUCUAAUUGGCCUAGUUUAAUGAGCAUUCUUUGAGAAAUGUUCGUUAUCAGGGUAUUCGAGCCUUGUAGUGAGUCAUGUCUUGUUGAAUGUGACCAGAUGUGCAUGUGGAAUGCAUUUUGAUGGAGUGUUAGCUUUUUUACAGUAUUUUGCAAAAGCAAUGCAAACGGAAUACGGCGAAUAUCAUUAUUCGUUCUAGCGAUCUCUCGUCGAAAGUACAAGUGAAAAUUCGAUCGAAAGUUCGAGGCCUUUUAAGCGACAUUUCGUUUGAAUAGGACGCUUCUUCGUUGAAUUCUCGUCACGAAGUGAAAAUUCGCGGUGGAAAGCGUCUUUUCGAUCAAUAGUGUUCGAAAUUUCGCUUCGAACUGACAAUCGACUUCUCGGAGUGAUCAAGUUUGUUUACACAUCAUGUAACGAACACGGAAUAUCUCCAAACGUGUUCCCGAACUUUUCAUUCACCAAGACGCGGUAUGAGAACGACUCUUUAUAUUUGACACCAAACAUAGGAGACCUGUGCAUGUCAUUGGCAGUAAAUGUAAUUGUCAAAUGUUUGCAAUUGAGAAAUGCAUUUGUUGUUUAUUCAAUCUUGGUGCUAGGGCAAUUAUAAAUCACCCAUAUUGCUGGUUGCAGUAUGCUCUCCAGAUAUCACAAAACAGUGUUUGUUUAAAGAUAUUUAUUUUUCUCAAUUUAAAAACAAAAUGAACUCUACCUUCAGAGUGUGUAAAUUAGGAUUAAAGCAUUUGGGAAGCAGAUGCCAAGUAAAGUGUGUGAAAUAAAGGUUGUGAAAUACUUCAACUUGUGCAACACAGAAUACUUAAUGAGAGGCGGCUGUAAAUAACAAAUUGGAAAAGUGCCACUUCUGUUCUCUUGAUAAUUUUUGCAUAAAUUCUGGCAUCUAGUGGAGGAGCUUAAUCUUUUUUUGAGAAUAAUUUGUGGCAGUUGCCAUGGUAACUGCUUAAAAUAGAAUGUAUUGAUGGGUCCCUAAUGAUUCCAAAUACAUAGACAACUGAUACACUGAGUGUUGCCAUCGCUGCAAACAACAUAAGUCACAUGGAGACUGGAAUGGUAGUAGAAAAUUCCAUGGGAGUUUUACAUCCAGAAGUUUACUCUUUUCAAUGUUGUUUAAAGCAAGUUAUACAUAGAGGACCAGAGGAGUGAGUUUCUAUCCAAUCUGUGAAGCUUCUGGGUGUUUAACUUUCAAUAACAAAGACACAAACAUGGGAAAUGUGGAGCAAAGACUCAAGGAUGGCAUGAUUCAGUCCAUGGAACUGAUUUUAACUGUUUUCUCUCGCACGUUACACAGUUACAAACCACAAAUUCAACCAAAUAUUUUUUAGAAGACUAAACAGUAGCUAGGAUUUUGGUAACAAAAUUCACAGAGGAGAAUGAAUUUUUGCUCUAUUAAUUCUGAGUCACAUGAAUACCCUCGAGGACUAUCUCACCAAAUGUUCAGGGCCUGUGAAAACUGUAUGUGCUUCAAAAAUUCAUAGAAAUGUUGUCAAAAUUUUGUAGUGGUCAAGAAUUUGUAGAAAAGCUAGGAAUUUUGGCAAAUUUUGUAAACAAGUGUCUGCAUUACUUUUGAACAAUAUUAUAGUCUUUUUACUGAAUCGAAUGCAUGAGAUUUUCUUCUCCUUAUCACUGAAAUUUCUGAAAAUGGUCCAACGGUUUCUUUCAGCAUGUUGAAAUUUUUUUUGUAUGCACAUUAUUACACUGACAGACCAAGGAAUUGUGGUCUUUAUUUGCUGAAAUGCAUGUACUCAUACAUGUUGGUUUAAAUUUGCCUAAAUUAAAAAAUGCGUCAUUUUGUCCUUGCAUUACAUUGCAGGUGUGAAUGAAUCCACAGUUUUCAUGGCAUUAUUAUCAAAAUGUGUACUUUUUUAUACAAUAACUUGAGCAAUAAAUAUCAUUCCAUAGAAGAAUGUGUUACUGAUCUAUGAUUUCAAAACUAACCAAAGAAACAAGUAUUGCUCAAUUUCCAAAUUAGAAAAUGAACUCUAACCAGCAGCUGGUUACAGUGUAUAUUUUAACCAAGAAGUAAGCUGCAUAUAACUGGGAGCAUAAUGCAAGGACUAACUCCCUUGCAGUAGGCAAAAAGAGCCAUGGCACUUCUCGUAAUUGAACUGCAACCACUUUCAAUUUGAGCUUAUGAUUCUCGCUGCACUGGAGGCAUAAUUAUAAAAUCAAGCAUGUCUAUCAGAUCCCAUGUUUGUAGCUCAUAAAAGUAGUGUAGCAUAUAAAAGCCUGUUACUUUAAUCCAGUAACAGGCUUUACUCUUAAUCUUGUAUGACAUGAAAGUGAUUUCAUUUAUUUGCAGGACAAACAUCUCAAUUAUUACAGUUCAGGCAAAUAAUUGACGAAAUCCUUUAACUCCUUAGAGUGACUAGUAACUUAUUUCUCCUAACAAUAUCACCCUUGAAUCACACAUAAAGGUCAUGAGAAUAAAGGAAAUGAUCACAAACUGAAGAAGCUCUUGAUUAUUAACCAUUUAACCUUAGCGUGACUGGCUUCUAAUUUCUCAUUACUGUAUCACCCUUAAAUCAAAUGUCAAGGUGAUGAGAAUAAUAGAAAUUGUCACCAAUUUCAGAAGCUCCAGAUUGUCUUGAACAAAUUCUCCUUGUCAUUGCUACUGGAAAUGUGGAGAGAUCAGUGUUGGGAAUAUCAAUAUUAUUGUUUGGGUGUAAAGGGUAAAAAAAAUUCCCCUUGUUAGUGUAACAGAGUGAAGUAGGACUUGUGUGACUUAGAAUUGCAUGACAAUAUGGUCAUUUGGUUAAAGAAUAUUUGUAGGAUUUUGCAAAUUUAGUCUUUGAAAUGGGAGCCCUUUUUGGGGGGUCUCAUGUUUCAGUUCUUCAGAGGUUUUUGCUUCUGUCUUGUGUACUUCAAGUCUAACAAACUGUAAAGCUCAUUUACAGAAAAUAAAUGCCGUUGGGUUUGAGAGGAAUUUGGGAUUUGCAUCAGUAUUCCUUUAUUAACCCACUGCUACAACAGCACCUCGGGAAAUGAUUAAGGAAUAGUAUAGAGAGUAUGCAUACUAAUGCUGGGUUGUAAAGGGUUAAUUCCUUACAUCUCAUUGGAACAAUUUUUUACACAGUUACUUUCAGGGGUAAGAGAGUCAUGUUGGGACUCAAGAUCUCAGUGGGAUUCUUACCAUGCAAGGGAUAUUUUCUGUGGAUAAGACAGAAUUCAAGGUAAUACUGGUUCAGUUUUUCCUCUUUGGUAUUUGCUUACUCAAAAAAAUUAUCAUGUAAAAGUUUCCUUCCAGUGCGUGGCUUUCUUGAUGCUACACCCCUUAGAGUUUAUUGACAUUAACUAUAUGGAGCUAUUUGAGUUUCCUCACCCAUAGUUUUCCCUCUAUAAUUUUCAUUUGUGAUACUGUUCCAUUUUUUUAUAUUUUUUAUUUUCCCUUACACUAAAUACUCAUUUGUAUUUCUUAAUCUUUUAAUUUUCUCUCAUUUGCCAACUGUAUUUAGUCCAUGUUGUCCAAUGAAGUAAAGUGAACAAAAUGACUUGAAAUUCACAAUUUUUCUUUUUUUUACAUGUAGCUUCAAUAUUCAGUACUAAAGGUCUCCUGUGAUGUCUGGGCUAUCAAAGGUAACAAUAAUGUGAUAAUUGAAUCAUCUUGUAGGUUUGUGUAGUUAAUCCUUUUUACCAUAAUGGAAACACCUGCCAAAGCAGCACUGUGAUGUAACUUCCACUGUCUGUUAAAGGUUCUAUUAAGAAAUCAUUAGACUUCCAAAACUGAAAAUUAAAUGAUAUAUUGAUUGGUUACAUUUUUUACAACCAGCAAAUAAAAUAGUCACUUACCAGUACAUGCAGAGUUUCAAAAAUAAAAGAAGUUAAUAGCCUUAUAGGAGAACAUAUUUGUUAUGUGCAUUCUGUGCACAGUUACAUCUUACUGUACAUGUCUAUGUACAUAGAAGUCAGGAAGUCAAUGAAACUUUGAAAUGAUGCAUCUCAUACAUGUAUCUGACUUUGUGCUAUUAUAAGCAGAGACCCCCUGCAAAUUUAGAAAGAAAUUGAUUUAUAGCAUAUUGCUGCUGCAAGUCCUCGCCAAGGAGCUACUAUCAUAAUGGUAAAAAUCCUCAUGUAGGCACAGCUGUGUACCAUGUUCAUGUAUUAGCAAUUCCAUAUUCAUUGUAGGAAACUUGUUGAUUAUUUUUAAGACCUCGUGUUUUGCUUUCGUAGGUUUUUGGCAUUCCUAGUGUAGCCUCUACCACACAGGAAGGCCAAGAAAACAGGGCACUGAAAGUCACUUUGCUAAGCAGAGAGUGGAGAUCAUCAACUGAUGGAGACUUAUCAACCAUCAACAGAGAGCUCGCCAUACAGUUAGCUAAACACUCUAAUGUGGAAGUUAGCGUCUUUCUUCCAGAAUGCAGUGAAGAAGACAGGAAUGAUGCAGCAUGUUAUCAUGUGCAGCUUGUUGAAGCCGAAAAAGUGAUUGGUUGGAAUCCAGUUGACUGGCUGAUUAAUCCCAGGUUGAAAACCUUGGUAAGAUCUGGACAAGAUCUUGGUGAAAUCAUGGCAAGAUCUUUGAUAAAAUCUUGGCAAGACCUUUGGUAA